ACCUCACCGUGUGGUCGCAGAGUAUUUGCGUUCCCCCGGCAUGCGGUCUCUGAGUUUUGACGUUUUUCCGUUAGUCAGGGGAUUUUUUUUUCCCCAUUUGGAAGUUUUGGGAUCGUUCACAGGGUGCCGGAAGGAGGAGUCUGUGCGAUUUACUCUUUUAACCCCUGCAUCUUCAUUGGGGUCGAUAACUCGGGUUCCACAUAAAGCGGAAGCCUAAGUAAGAAGAUGAGCAGUUCAGAGGAAGUGUCCUGGAUCUCCUGGUUCUGUGGUCUGAGGGGGAACGAGUUCUUCUGUGAGGUGGAUGAGGACUACAUACAGGACAAGUUUAACCUUACAGGGCUGAAUGAGCAGGUGCCACACUAUCGACAGGCUUUGGACAUGAUUCUGGACCUUGAACCUGAUGAGGAGCUGGAAGAUAAUCCUAACCAGAGUGACCUGAUAGAGCAAGCAGCAGAAAUGCUCUAUGGCCUGAUCCAUGCACGCUAUAUUCUCACAAAUAGAGGCAUCGCUCAGAUGUUGGAGAAGUACCAGCAGGGAGAUUUUGGCUACUGUCCAAGAGUUUACUGCGAGAACCAGCCCAUGCUGCCGAUCGGGCUGUCGGAUAUCCCCGGUGAGGCCAUGGUGAAGCUGUAUUGCCCUAAGUGCAUGGAUGUGUACACCCCAAAGUCCUCCCGGCACCACCACACAGAUGGGGCUUACUUUGGCACGGGUUUCCCUCACAUGCUCUUCAUGGUGCAUCCGGAAUAUCGGCCUAAACGCCCUGCCAACCAGUUUGUGCCCAGACUGUAUGGUUUCAAGAUCCACCCGAUGGCGUAUCAACUUCAGCUGCAAGCAGCCUCCAGCUUCAAGAGCCCGGUGAAAGCCAUUCGCUAGAGCACACCAGAUGCGGCAAGCAGGAAGAGAGACUGGCAUAUGACACUGGUUCCUGCUUUGCUGGAGGAUAUAUGGUUCAGAUUAUGUAGGCAGUGAAUGAUAUGUACAGAUGUGGAUAUACAGAGGCAUGAAUGCAGACAUGUGCUCACACGUAUUUACACACAAGCAAACCCUAAAUAAGACUUUUCCUACCUGACAAAAUGCAGUCACCUGUGACUAAUUGUGACAAGUGUGGAGUAAACGAAACCUGAUAGCUAUUGUAGUUUAUCAUAUUUGUUAGUAUCUUCCUCAGUCCAUAGAAGAACCAGGACUUUUUAUUAGUCUUUUCUUUUAAUGACUUAUGGAGAAUAAAUGUGGAAAUCCAGUAGUUUUAAUUGCAAGAAUGUAAAGAGAACUAUUUCUUUAAUAAAUUAACUGAUACUUAAAGACACUUCUACAAAGAACAUCUAAUUUUUUUAGAUGUAAUUUAAAUAUAUCUUCAUUUUAAGACUGGCAUGUGGGAGUAGAUUUGUGGCAUGAAAAGACUGUUUUCUUGUCCUAUGUGUGGACAAUUGCAACCCCCUCACCCUGAAUACUAUAUAAAACCCCACAGAAGAGGUUAGGAUAAUACGAUGGUGCUGUGCACUGCACCAGCUUUGCUGUUUUUAGUCUGCACCUCUUCAACAAUCUCUUCUUUCCUGCAACCAAACCUUUUAUUUACUACUGUACACUCCUGCAUUUUUGGUUGGAUUGUUGAUGUAAAAUUCUGCAGACAGAUCAAAUGUGGAUAACGUCAUUGUAAUGCUAUGUACGUUUGUGGUUCAGGUGUAACCUGUAUUUCUGUGUCAUUUUUUUCCAAUUGGGAAAAUUGACUUUUUUUAAUAUUUUAUUAUUGUGAUGAUGAAUAGAAACUGGUAGUGUUAGGUUUUCCCAAUUGUGCAACAGUGACCAGGAUUAAUAAUUCACAAUAAAUUGUAUUUUGGUUCUUACA